GAGUGCUAAUCGAGGGAGGGGGCGAGACGGGUCUCCAGAUACGAGUCACGGUCCAGGGGGAGAUCUAGGCGAUAGCACUCCAGUCAUCAUGUCGGUCAGCGUCCACGAGAACCGUAAAUCCCGAACGAGCACCGGUUCCAUGAACAUCUUGCUGUUCCACAAAGCCUCUCACCCGGACUGUGUCCUGUCUCACCUCAACACCAUGAGGAAGCACUGCAUGUUCACUGACGUCACUCUCUUAGCUGGGAAUAAGUCCUUCCCAUGCCACCGGGCUGUGCUAGCGGCCUCCAGCAGGUAUUUCGAGGCCAUGUUCAGCAACGGCCUUCGCGAGAGUUUGGGCGAUGAGGUGAAUUUCCACGAUAGCCUCCACCCAGAGGUGCUGGAGCUGCUGCUGGACUUUGCCUACUCAUCCAAGAUCAUCAUCAACGAGGAGAACGCAGAGUCCCUCCUGGAAGCCGGCGACAUGUUGCAGUUCCACGACAUCCGAGAUGCCGCCUCCGAGUUCCUCGAGAAGAACCUGUACCCCUCCAACUGCUUGGGAAUGAUGGUCCUUUCGGACGCUCACCAGUGCAAGAGGCUGUACGAGCUCUCUUGGAGGAUGUGCCUGGUCAACUUUGAGACAGUCCACAGGAGCGAAGACUUCAAUAGCCUCUCCAAGGACACCCUACUGGACUUGAUUUCCAGCGAUGAGCUGGAAAUCGAGGAUGAAGAGAAGGUCUUCAAGACGGUCAUCCAGUGGGUCAAAUACGACUUGGACAAGCGGAAACCGUUCCUCCCAGAGCUGUUAAAGAGCGUGCGGCUGGCCUUGCUGCCUUCCGAAUGCCUAAAAGAAGCCAUGGCCUACGAGGAGCUGAUCACGACAGAGGAGCAGAACAAGCAAAUUAUGGAGGAGGCUCUUGGGUGCAAAAGGAAGAUCCUGCAGAACGACGGGGUGGUCACUAGCCCAUGUGCCAGGCCGCGCAAAGCUGGGCACACCCUGCUCAUCUUGGGAGGGCAGACGUUCAUGUGCGACAAGGUUUACCAGGUGGACCACAAGGCGAAAGAGAUCAUCCCCAAAGCAGACCUGCCCAGCCCCAGGAAGGAGUUCAGCGCAUGCGCCAUUGGCUGCAAAGUCUACAUUACUGGAGGGAGAGGCUCAGAAAACGGGGUCUCGAAGGACGUCUGGGUCUAUGACACUGUGAACGAGGAGUGGUCCAAAGCUGCCCCGAUGCUUAUCGCUCGGUUCGGGCAUGGCUCUGCGGAACUAGAAAACUGCUUGUAUGUUGUUGGCGGUCACACGGCGGUGGCCGGUGUCUUUCCUGCCUCUCCGUCCGUCUCACUGAAGCAGGUGGAGAAGUACGAUCCGGUGGCCAACAAGUGGACCAUGGUAGCCCCUCUGAGGGAUGGCGUCAGCAACGCAGCGGUUGUCAGCGCCAGGCUGAAGCUCUACGUAUUCGGCGGGACCAGCAUUCACCGCGACAUGGUGUCCAAAGUCCAGUGCUACGAUCCGGCGGAGAACCGGUGGACCAUCAAAGCCCAGUGCCCCCAGCCCUGGCGCUACACUGCGGCCGCCGUCCUCGGCAGCCAGAUUUUUAUCAUGGGCGGAGACACGGAGUACACGGCGGCAUCGGCUUACCGUUUUGAUUGUGAAACGGACCAGUGGACGCGGGUCGGGGACAUGACGGCGAAGCGGAUGUCCUGCCACGCUUUGGCUUCGGGGAACAAGCUUUACGUGGUGGGCGGCUACUUUGGGACGCAGCGCUGCAAGACGCUGGAUUGUUACGACCCUACAUUGGACACCUGGAACUGUAUCACGACGGUGCCUUAUUCCCUCAUCCCCACAGCAUUUGUCAGCACAUGGAAACACUUACCAGCAUGACGGUCUGCAGGUCAGGAACUGAAGCGCUCGAAGGAGAUGCUGGCGUUGUAUUCCUCUGCCGGUAUUCAUACUGGGGCCUGCGUAAGCGACUGGAGGCUGCUAGCUUUGCUCUCUGCUGCCCUCACAAGGCCAAACCUGGGCUGCACUGAGAGGACGGGGUGGGCAGGCUGAGCUGUCCAAGGACGAGGGAUCAAAACUACGGGCAAGUCCUUCUCUGGAAGCGGUUCAGCUAACGCCAUGUGGGCACCGCCUCGGCACCAGAUGGAGCUCGAAGAAAGCCAGAGGAGGCAAGGGACUUGAAAAGCCACGGUAUUUCUCUCCCAACCAAGGAAGCUUUCGAGGACUUCGAAACACUCCACUGCCAUGUGAAUGAAGCACAGACACCUCCACAAGGGCUAGAAUUGUGGCGAAUC